UCGAGGCAGUGACUUUUUUUGCGCCCAGACGCUUUUUUUCUGCCGGUUUUGAAAAUUUUGGCGGUGAGGCAGCUCCCCAGCCAGCAAUAAUUACGGCAGAUUAGCGGCUAUCUCUCCCUAGCUGUUUCUCCGAGCAACCCCGCUGAUUGGACGGCGCUGUCAAAAUACAGGCCUGUAAACGAAGCCUUGACAUUACAACACGCGAACGAAUAGCUGAAUAAAUUUCUCCUGUCAUCCUCAUUUCGCUGCCCUGCGCCACGACACCGGCUCGGCAGUCCCUUUUCUACGCGAUACCCGGCCUCUUCACCCUACCUUUUUUACUUAUUUAUUUUCCCAUUUAGCGUCUGCAUCCGCACGGCGAGAGCUAUUCGACCGGCUGUCUUUGCUUUCUGUUGUGUACUAUCUAUAGCCUGAUAAAAUGGGUGAAUCCAGACAAGAGCUUCUUAAUUGGCUGAACAGCCUCCUGCAGCUCAACAUCACCAAGGUUGAGCAAUGCGGCACUGGCGCCGCGCUCUGCCAGGUCUUUGACAGCAUAUUCAUGGAUGUGCCCAUGUCCAAGGUCAAGUUCAACGCCAGCGGCGACUAUGCGUACAUUCAAAACUUCAAGGUGUUGCAGAACACCUUCCUCAAGCACCAAGUUGAUAAGCCCAUCCCCGUCGAGUCGUUGGUGAAAUGCAAGAUGCAGGAUAACCUGGAGUUCCUGCAAUGGACGAAGAAGUUCUGGGACCUCAACUUCCCCGACCACGACUACGACGCAGUUGCACGAAGAAAGGGUGGCGGUAUGCCGGCCGCGGCUGCAGCGCCCAGGGCUGCCGCUGUUAGCUCAAGCGCCGCUCGAAGAGGCGGCACGACCCCCAGCACCGGCCCUCGCCUUGCCGCCAAGGCCGGCCCCAGCCCUGCUACCGCUGCUCUGCAGGCAGAGAAUGCGACUCUGAAGGAGACUGUCACUGGUCUGGAGCGCGAGCGAGAUUUCUACUUUAGCAAGCUCCGUGACAUUGAGCUGCUGAUUCAACAGGCUGUGGAGGAGGAUCCCGAGCUUGAGAAGCAGGAGGAUGGCUUGGUCAAGCACAUCCAGUCCAUCCUGUACUCGACCGAGGAGGGCUUCGAGAUUCCCGCCGAGGGUGAGGGUUUGGAUGACCAGGAGACUUUCUAAACGGGGUAGUGUCUUUUGUCGGGGUGUAGGAUUUGGCUGCUUAGAAAAGGGGGGAGGGGGAGAGGUAGGGAGAUGGAGUGCUGUGGGGGAUUGGAAUUGGAAUUGAUUCAAAGCAUAUGGCCGUGCAUGCAUGAUAGACGCAUUCAUGGGUGCCGUCAUUUACAUCUUUUUUUUUUUUUUUUUGUUGCUGUUAGAGGACUUAGGGUGUCAAAUCCUAUAGAGCAAACUAGUACUAUAACUG